AUCAACGAAGCAAGCCGUCUAUAUUAUAUUUCCUUCGCCAUGAUCUUGUAAACGUUUGGUUCUACAAGAUGGUGAUGGCACAGAAGAAAAAGGAGAAAGRGGGUUUCUUCAAAUGCUUCGUAGAGAAAGAUCUCCUAGCAUAUAAAGCCUUCUCCUUUUUUAUUUACGGUGGAUUUGGUGCGCUAUACCCUUUCCUGCCAUUGUAUUUCAAGUCUUAUGGACUAAGCAGUCUCUUGGCUGGCACCAUAGUUGGAAUUCGUCCUCUGAUUCAAUUUGUUGGAGCUCCAUUUUGGACUGAAUUGGCAGAACGAUUCCAAGUAAAGAAGCUAUUCUUGUGUGGAGGGAUUUUGGCUUGGAUUGUUAAAGCCUUGCUUCUCUGGGCAGUGAUUCCUAAACAUCAAUUAUGUAUUCAGACAUACACCAAUUCAAGUACUAACAUUAGUUAUAUUUCUUCGAGAGAUUUGUGGCUGGGAAAAGACACUGCUAAAAUUACAUGGGAAAUCGACCACAGUAAAACAUUUCUCAAAAAAGGUAAUAAAAACCCAGGUCUCUUACUGCAGGAAACUCAUUCUUUAUUUGAUAAAAGCAUUGUAAGUAAAUUUGACUUAACCACUAAAGAGACUAUCGCCUUCACGACAAGAGUGGACAAGCAAGAAAUCAAGUAUCUCUUCAUCAUUUUCCUGAUGGUGAUCAUCAUUGGUGAAUUCCUCGAAUCUCCAACGUACGCACUUUCGGAUGCAUCUCUCCUCAACAGACUUGGUGAAGACCGGAAUUACUAUGGUCAGAUACGACAAUGGGGAGCUUUAGGAUGGGCGAUCGCCACUUCUUCUGUAGGCGCGCUUUUGUACUCCACACGAACGGUGAUGUGCGCUGUCUUACAAUUCAGAUACGAUGAUGUUUUCUAUGUGUAUUUUGGGUUCGUAUCUUGUGCGUUCUUUUGUGUCUUCUGCUUCACUUUCACCAAAUCACAGGAAGACGAAGAAAAACCGUCUCUCAGAAGAGCAUUGAAAGUCUUGUGUAAACCAAUUCACCUGACGUUUCUUGGGACGAUUCUCUUCGCUGGAUGCUGUUAUGGAUUUCUGAUGCAUUUUGUAAACUGGUACAUUGACGACAAGGGAGGCUCUACCCUUGUGAUGGGAGCCGCAGGGGCCGCACGAGAGCUGGGAGAAAUGACAUUUUUCUUCCUCGGAGGAAGUUUUGUCAAGCUUAUCGGGAACCUGAACACCAUGGGAAUCUGUCUUCUUGGGUAUGCGGCCUGCUUUUUUUGGUUCUCUAUUAUCAAUUCUCCAUGGAUGGCUGUUCCUUUAGAGGCAUUAGAUGGCGCUAUAUAUGGUCUAGUAUGGUGCAAUAGUAUCAACUAUAUGUCUUCCCUUGGUGCACCAAUUGGCGCUGUUGUUAUCAUGCAAGGUAUUCUUCAAGGGAUAUUCUACGGACUGGGUAAUGGCGGUGGAACAGUUCUUAGCGGCCAUUUAUACAAGGAAAUUGGACCACAGACGACGUUCCAGUACUUCGCGAUAAGUUCACUUGUGGUUUUACUCAUCCUUCUGAUUACUUUUCCGAUCUUUCAGGCAACAAAUCAUGCAGACGAACAGCGGGAAUACGAACCCCUCCCUAGUAAAGAACUAGACGAUUUACCCGAAAACCCUCCAGUCGACAAGGAGAGAACCCAAAUUAAGUGAACUACACUGUCUUCAUCAGUAUUAUUCUUGCACAUAGCUGUUUUUUAUGUUUUAGACAUGAUUUGUUUAUUCAUCUAUUAAUCGUUAGACUCAAGUAUGGGUGGAAACCGCCGUCGUCUUUGAAAACACAUAAAAUUUUAGAAGUCUAUAUUUAGAAUUCAUUUUGG